AGCCGGAGACCCUAGUAGGAGAGACGACCGCCGGUCGGUGAGCACCUAGCGGAACACAGGAAGGAAACCUCACACAAAAGACAUUCCGUUGGACUUGUUGAUCUACUCUCACACAUUGUUCAACACGGAUUUGUUCAGCACAACUUUGAGGAUUUAUUUGGACUUUUCUCCGGGGAACUACUUCAUUCGACUCACUGGUAUUUUUGUCGAUAUUGUUGUUAUUACUUCGAAAUACAGAUAAUUUAAACAGUGUUCGACGAGCCCGUCGACAUGUGUCACCACUGACAUGCAAAGAUCUCACGGGGCUGCAGUGACCACAGAAGCGACCGCAGGACGUCCGCGGCCUCAGCCGAGCGAGAGCCGCAAAGAGCAGCGGGACUCCGGCGUCUGCUGGCCCGAUACCGAGGGAGGCGGUGCAGGAGGAUCACCCGCAGCGGUCGCGCCGCGGUCGCAGUCCCGCCGUCGGAGCAGCGUCUCCCUGCUCCCCUCCCCGGAGCGCCGCGGCGUGUUCGAGACAAGAACCAGCUUCCACUUUCCCUACCGGCGCUCGUCGAGCGGAUACUACUCCGUCGAGGGCGACUCUCUGCCGGGCUCGCCUCUCUGGCCGCGCGCCUCCGCCUCCACGCAGCCGCCCAGCCCCCAAGCCCUGACGCUGCAGCAAGAGUUGGCGUGCGACUUCGACGUGACGUCUCUCGAGAGAACCAGAACUUGUCUCAGGAGCUCUGGACACGCAGUGGUGCGGGAUAUGCAGGCCGUGGCGAUCGGACAAGAUCUUCGACGGAUCGGAGAUGACUACAAUGACUACAUACUUAGGAGAGGGAGGCACAGAGAGGCAGCAGCCCAUCAAAACCCGCCACUGAUGCUGCACAUGGAACCCGCCUUCGUGAUCUGCAUGGGCGUCCUGGUCCUCGUGAUCGUCUGGUACUUAGGCGGAGACCCCAACAGCCAACCGGUUCAUCCUCAGGGAAUUGGAUCCUUUAAGGAACUCUAAAAACGUCCGGAUUUCCACGUUCCCCCCCCCUCUCUGAGCCUUUGCCAUGAAACCAAAGAGUUGUGAAUUUGCACUCCCAUCCAGAACACAAACAAGCCCCGCUCACAAGCCCCGCCCCCGGAAGAUGACAACUGUGGAAAUCCAAGCGUGCCUUGUACAUUCUCCUGCUAAUUCUUUUUGGUUUACUUGUUUGAGAUGUACAGAAAGGUAAAUGAGUCAACUCUGCAGACCCCGGGGUUGUUAAAUGAUGUGGGGGUCCAUGAAUUCCCAAGACGAAAGGCAUCUUUAAAACUCCUUGUCACAGCUCAAAAGCCACGGUUUCGACGACGUUUCUCCUCGUCUCAUAUCUGUUUUUGUUUUUUUGUUUUUUUAACCCAUGUUUAAAUACAUUGCACCUUCUCUUACUUGCCACGGAUAAAAUUUCAAAUCCAGAUGAUAAUCUCUCUAUGUGCCAACAAAAUACACUUGAUCGGUUUUUAAGAAAUUUCUUCGGCAGGCCUUCACUUUUAUUUUAUUUUUUUAAUUCCUCAAAGCACCCUCAAGAAAGUCUGAGAGAAUAAGUCGUUUUACCGCCACAACCCUUCCCUAAAAUGCUCAAGAAACGACAGCGCUUUCCCCAAACAUUUUAAGAUGCGUACUCUCUUCAGCAUGCCAACGGAGUUAGCGCAUCCUGUCUCCUGUCCUAAAAAAAAGAGCCAGAAGACCUUUAUUCACAGCCUUUCCCAAAUGUAACUCCUAAUUUCACAAUAUUUAAACCUUAAACAUGCCAACAGAGUUGGCCCACCCCUUGGACACCCCUGAAAAAAAAGAUGAUAAAGCCGAUAUAAUAUGUGGAACAAACAAGGUCUUCCUUGAUGUGUAUAUGAAUAUGAAUUUAUGAAUCAAGAUCUUAUCUUCUAUGCAAAACACGAUCAUCUCAAACAGAAUCCGGUGUUUGUGUACACCACUCGAACCGAAUCAAUCCAGGCACUAUUUGCCCCGUUUUGGUCCUGGACUGCUUUCUAGGGCACCGCUUUCCUUCUCCGUUCUCGGUUUCAGCCUGCGGACGUGCAGUAUCAUUAUCAUCAUCUGUCAGGCAUCCGUCUCCAUCCGUUUAUUAGCGCAGUGCUUCACAAGUCCGUGCGUGCCCGCCGGUUUUUCAAACACUCCCAGAAAGAGAGCCAAUGAAUGGUUAGCUAACACACCUGCUAGCCCGCUACAAAUACUGAUUGGUUGCCAGAGUCAGUGAAUUUCCAGACGCCGUAAAAGAGCAUUUUUUUAUAGUUUAAGCCCCUUUCACUUGCGUUAAACACAUUAAAACUUAUUAAACCACGCUUAAAACAUACUUUGUGAAGUCUUUGUUUGCGCAUGUUCUUUCUCGCUCGGUGUCAAGUAAUGGGUGACAAUCGUGUGACAUCACGAAGGAAGCCAAAAGAAAACUCAUUGCCCGGUUCUCCAAAUAAGAGGCAAAGUGUGAUCGCUUCAAGUUGUCACUCACAGUUCAAGUUACUGAAAAACUGAAGCAUAGGAAAAGAGAAUUAUACGUCGCUAGCUUAAUGCUAGCAUCUAAUGGAAAACGACAUUGACGGGUUAGCCGAAAUUAGCAUAGAUGUUGCAGUAAUUCUAAUUUUUUUUUUUGUAAUCUGAACUCGUAAAAUAUAUUUUUGGGCCGCAACCCUUCCAACUCACUGGCAAACAGUCCACAUAAUUCCGAAUGAUUAAUUAAGAGAUUGUUGUGACACCUUCUGAGUUGCUAAUCUUGCGAUAAUCCUUU